GCGAGGAACCGACUGGGAUGGACAGCAAUGAGAGCGUGUACGAAGCGGAGCGGAUCGAGUUUGGUCAUGCUAGGAUUGGCCACAGCGGCACCGGAGCAGCGGCACCGGAGCAGCGGCACCGGAGCAGCGGAACCGGAGCAGGCGGACGGCAUCGAAACGUGGCGCACCGACAAACAUCUCUUGUGUUGUCAAAUAUUUUCCCGUUUAUUUCCUGA